AACUCAAUUAUUUGUAACUGCGAGCCUCAAACUAUCAAUCACGAAACCUGUAACUUCUUCCACCUGCGAAACACUCAGCACUAUGGCUAUUAAGAAUGUCCUUGUCGUUGGGGGUGGAGGCAACCUGAGUCCUGCCAUUAUAGACGCCCUCGUCAAAUCACCACACAACUACACCGUCUCAGUCCUCUCUCGCGCACAUUCCACAUAUCAACCACCCUCAGGAGUCAACCAUCUCAAAACAGACUACACCCACGACUCACUCCUCUCCGCGCUCAAGGGUCAAAACGCCGUGGUCUCUGCCAUUGCCGGAACCGCAAUCCCUGAACAAAAGAAGAUCAUUGAUGCAGCUAUUGAAGCCGGCGUGCAACGAUUCCUUCCAUCAGAAUUUGGCUCUGAUACCACCACUCCACUUGCUGUGGAUUACUUCCCGGGCUGGGCACCCAAAGUUGAGAUUAGGGAUUAUCUAAAGAGCAAGCAGGAUAAGAUUGAGUGGACUGUUGUUUUUAAUGGUUUCUUCUUUGAUUGGGGUUUGAAAGUUGGUUUCAUUCCUGUUAACGGCAAAGACAAGACCGCCACUAUAUUCCCCAAAUACAAAGACGUCAGAUUCUCAGCAACAAAUCUCGAAGACAUUGGCAAAGCAAUCGCACAGGCUUUGUCGCCAGAAAUCGCACCCAAAACAGCAAAUCAGAUCCUCCGCAUUCGCACAUUGACAACAUCUCAAUCCGAGCUUCUAGCUACCUAUGAGAAAGCCACCGGAGAGAAAUUCAAGGUUACCGAGGCUGAUCUUGAUGCUGCUGUAUCCGAGGCCAAGGGCAAGUUGUCAAAGGGUGAUUUUAGUGGUAUAGGCACCCUUAUUGUUGCUGCUGCCUUGGAUACGCGCACUGGUAAUGAUUUUGAUAAGGCGGGUAAUGUGUCGAAUGAUUUGUUGCAGUUGCCGAGUUUGAAGGUAGAGGAUGCUAUCAAGCCUCUUCUUUGAUCAUUGUCAGGUCAAGAUACAGUGGUACGUUAAAUAUAUGAGAACCUUGACGUAUGUUUGCUGUUUCUCGCUCGUAUUCUCAAAUCCUCACGCAAAUGGGAUGCCUAUAGACCGGGUAGUGCAGGCAAGGAUCAGUGUAUACUCUC